AUCAGCUCUCCCAGCAUCCAGGGUGCAACGCAACAGCUCAAAUUGCAAGAUGGGUGCCUCGGGCGAGCUCCAGCGCAUAAAUCUUCUUGGCGCGGCGCGUCUCCGCCACUGCUGAGCAUGGCCUGCACGCCCAGCCCGAUGCAACCAAAGUUAUUGCCAAAGCGAUCGCCGCGCGCCUCCCGCCGGCCCAAAAACCAGCCGGCAGCGGUAUGCAUGCACGCGCGCUGCUCCCCGGCCAGCGCUAUUGCAAAAAGCUGCAUCGCACACACACAUCCACCAAGGACGACGCCUCACCGGUUGCUUGAAACGCAGGCGAACUCUUCGACCGCCUCUUCGGCGCCGGCGCCGCGGCUUAUGUAUUAGGCUUUGCGGUCGUCGUCUACGGCGCGACGGCGAGCGCGCAGGCGAAGUUAGGCGUGUCUUUACUGGCGUGCGCCUUACCCGCCUUAUUAUCGACGGAACUGGCGAGCGGAGACCACGUCGCCGGCGACGCGCUCGCGAACGCCUGGCUCCAGGAGUUUGUGGGCACGGCGGUCAUGGUGGUGCUCACGUGCAUGCCCGGCGCUUUGCUCGGCCACUUAGGUUAUCAAGUGGAAUGGGUCUUCCACUGGCUCAUGAUGAUGGCCGCCGAUUCAUUAACGGGGGGCAACGUCAACCCCCUCGUGUCGACCACCAUGGUCGCGGCCGGGCGAGAUAGCACGAAGGACUGGGUCGUGAAAGUAGCUGCGCAAUGUGGUGGUGCGGUCGUCGGCUGGAAGCUAUUAAUUGCGGCGGGCGAGUUCAUGGUCGGCGACGUGGGAGGGCCUUCUCCUGAUGAACAUCUUCCGCUCUUCUACGUGUUCUGGUCUGAAUGUUUAGGCGGCGCGACGCUGUGCCUGGCGGUCUGGGCCUUCGCGACCACGUCCAUCGGCGAGGUCUACGCGGCGAAGAUGGGCCUGAUCAAUGUUACUUUGAGAACGAUCAUAGUGUAUUUUGGCGCGACGGGCCCGGCCGUGAAUCCUGCAUUGGCUUUCGGCUACGACUUCGCCGUCGACGGGAGCUGGCCGACGAUGGAGGCCAAGUCGCCUUCUUAUGUAGCUUAUUGGGCCGGGGGGAUGAUAGGCGCGGCCGUCUCGGGCCUCGUCUGGAAGGUCAUCACGCAGAAACUGGACGAAAAGGCGCAGAUCGGCGCCGGCGUCGCGCUCAUCGGUGUGUGCCUCGCGGCGUGGAUCUUCGUGCUGGCCGUCGAGGCCCAGGCCAUUAGUGACGACACGGCCUUCGGGAAGGCGAUGGCCGCGCGCCACCCCGUCACGAAGCUGUUCGGGCGGAAGCCGAAGGCGCACCGCGAGCUCUGAAUUUGGGGCUACGCUAAGUUUAGUAGUCCACCCGAG